CGUUAACAUCUGCAUAGCUCAGCUCACAACAAGUUUUGAGUUAAUGUUUCAUUUUUCUAAUCAACAAUGAAGGAAUUCGACGAUUUCAAUUUUAGCGUGGAUAAGUACACGAAGGAGCUGACACGGGAGUGUGUGGGCGGAAGCGAUUUGCAGCAGCGAAAAAAGGAAAUCGAGGCCUACAAUGAGCAGACUUCGGCAAUGCUUAAGCAGACCUGCAAAAAGAACUAUAUGCAGUUCAUACAAACGGCCAAGGAGAUCUCACAUCUGGAGUCGGAAAUGUAUCAGCUGUCGCAUAUUCUCAUCGAGCAGCGCAACAUCUUGGCCACCAUGACCGAUGGGAAGACCACAAGCAAUCUCAAGGCGGACAGCAUCGAGGCGGAGAGCAGUGCAGCCACUGAGGACGUGGAGAACAGUCAGGCGACGCGCGCUGUUAAGGAAAUGGUGCAGGGCUUCAAUGGGAAUCUUGAAGGAAAAACGUUCUUGAACGAGGGAGCGCUCAUUGAACUGGAUGCCAAUGAUUACCGGCCCAUACAACGCGUCUUCUUUUUCCUGUUCAACGAUGUGCUCAUUGUGUGCAAAGUGAAGCAUGAUAAACGCCUGGAAUUUCUUACGGAAUACGAUCCCAAAAGGAUAGCCGUUAUCAAUAUCAAAGAUCUGGACGGUGUAAAGAACGCCAUCAAUAUUAUAACGCCUGAUGGCUCUAAGAUAUAUCAGAGCAUCACAGCCGCCGGCAAGAGCGAAUGGAUUGAGAAGCUGGAAGAGGCUUUUCGCUUUGAUCAGCAAAAGAAACCAAAGAAGGGACAAGCGCCGCAGCCGCCAAAUCGAUCCAAGCAACAGCAACAGCAAGCCCAAUCCAAAUCUGCCACGCCCGAAAAGUUGCCAGAACAAAGUCCCACAGAUGCGCAACCGAAAUCCCUCGAGGAUGAGACACCCGAAUGGCUGAGCACAGCCAGCGAGGAAAUUCAAACACUGGUGGCACAACGCCACUUCGAGGACGCACAGUCGCUGAUCAAGCGCACCCAGGAGUUCCUGAGCAUGGCCCAGCCCAAACCCAAACUGCUCCAGGCGGACGUAAUUCAGGCAAAGAUUAAGCAGCAGGAGCAGAAGCUGACCAAUGUGCUGCUCCAGGAGCUAUCGAACAGUCACAAUCGUAAUCUGCAAAUCGCGUUGCGUGAAGUUCGGCGCCCUCUCAAGAUACUCGUCGAGAUGGGUCGCUCCCGGCAGGCGAGCGCCACACUGCUGAAGGUCUGCACGGUCAGUUUGCGUGUGGCACAGCGUGAGGCGCGUCGCAACAAUGCGGAAAUAUCGGAGCUUUUCUUCUGCGACUUGACGCAGGUGGCAUGCGAUUUCCUCAGCGCCUUUGAGCAACAGCCGGCCUGCGUUAGCGCCCUCGUCGUGUGGUGUAAUGCGGAGCUGCAGUACUUUGCCAGCCAGUUGAUCAAACACUAUCUGACCAAGGGCACCUCCCUGGAGGCGGUGGCCAAGUGCGUGGAGCGCGUGCGCAAGCCGGCCACAAAGCUAACUGAGAUUGGCCUGGACAUAAGCUACCAUUUGGAGGGUCUAUUGCGCACAACGCUCGAGUCGCUCAUCGAGGAGUCCAAGCAGCGCUUGUUGGACGCCGUGGGUCGCACCGAGGAGAGCUGGCAGCCGUAUAACUUGCAAACGAAAUCCAAUUUGAAGCGAUUGCUGCUAGAGCUGGAUGCACUGGGCAUAGAUGUGCGCGCCCAGACCACUGGCGAUACAUGGCUGAGCCUCACCCAAUCCACCGUGGUAUUCGUACGCCAGUUUCUGCAACUGACCGAACAUUGCGGCUGCCUGGCCAAAGGCGAAACGUUGCUGCAGAGCCUGGAGCAUCUGUUGCGGGAUCUCUUUUUAGCUCACCACGCGUUAAGGCCACCCAGCGAUAUGUCAGUGGAUCCCAACUUUGUGAUGAAGAACAAAAUCUUUCUGGUGGACAACCUGCUGCCCAUUGCCAUCGAGAAGUUCCGCAAGACAUCAGGUCGCCAGUGCGAAACAAUGCGGGAGCUCCACACGAAGCUCUCGCGCCAGCAGGGUGCUCCUGUGCCGCGCCAGCGGAGCGUCUACACGACCGAUGUAUUUUAGAAGUAGUCAACUUUGCUUUUGAUUACAUAUAUAAUUUUUUAUUUUUUCGUUUUGCUUCAAUUAUUUAUAAUAUAAUUAUAUACAUAUAUAACCACAAUAAUAAUAAUAUUUGUAAAAUUAAAAAUCGAAGCGUGUGCUGCACUCUAUUCUCUGUUACUUGCUUAUUACAAUUUCCGCUGGGCGCGAGAUGUGCCCACAAUUAAAUAUAUAUAUAUUUAUAUAUAUCCGAUUCAUUUCUAUAUAAACUAAUAUGUAAACAAGUUUCUUUGUUAAAUUAUUAUUAUUUUUGUGUUUUGUGUUCUUGUUCUUUCUUAGCUGCACGAAACAUAGGAUUUUACAAAUUUUUAAAUUUGACAAAGGAUUUAAAUCUGCUUUUGAUUUUUCAAAAUUACAUACAAGCAAAAGCUGGCUGCUUUGGCGCCCCCGACUACUGAUGUAUCUGUGUGUGUGUGUGUACGUGGGUGUGUUUGUGUGUGCUUAUGUGCGGAUGUGUGGACGUGCUGUUGCGGCGGCGCCUGCUUCGUUUUUCUGUUACUGUCGUAUUAAUUUAUAAUGUAAAAUUCUUAACUAAACUGCUUAUCAAUUAUAUUCAUUUAUAUAUAUAUAAUUGUACAUUUAUAUAUAUAUAAAUAUACAUAUAUAAAUAAAUAUACAUAUAUACUUUUUCUGCAUGCAAAUGUGUUUUGUGUGCGACGGGCAGGGAAAUGGGGGGCGUUUCAGGACAUUGUGGUAGCAGUCACAAAUUUAAAAAAAAAAAAAAAUUCAAAUAAUUAAAAAAACAGAAUUUUGUUAUGCAUACGCAAUUAUUGAUGUACGUUCGAUUUCGUUUACAAAAAAAAUAAAAUAAAACCUUCGCUGCCGACGUAGACAAACACAUAGACAAACUAAAAGCACUCACAUUUCUGACACCGUGUUCUCAUC